UAUUUUAAUUGAAUUAUAUGUAUAUAUAUAUAUUUAAGUAGAUCACAGUUACAUUUCUAAAAUAUGAUUGAGUUCUGAUAUUUGCAAGAUAGGGUUAGGGUUGAUGAAAACAAGAAUAUACAACUUCAUGUAUCUGAUGUGACUCGAGUGCCAUCCACUGGUGACCAAACAAACUACAACAAAAAUAGUAAGAUUAGAAGAAAAACAACUCCUGUUCCGUGUAUCAGCCUGUUCUCAGUAACUGUCAGGGUUAGGAUAGUAAUAGAGCUGCUUCUCGUCUUCUAGAAGACUUUUCCUCUGUACUCUGUAACAGCUCAGAGAGGACACUUCCACAGACACAUCAUGUUCUGUGAUCAGUCUCUGUUCUGUUGUUUCCAGACAUCAUGGGUUCUGCUGAGUCUCGCGAGUGCGUUGUUAAAAUAACGAAUAAGUCCAAGUACACCCUGAGCCGGCCCCGUGUGUACGUCUACCACGGAUACUACGACGCUGCGCUGCCUCCAACGCUCAGCCGCGGUGACUCCGGCCAAGCUUUGUUCAAAAAGACGGCUCACCGAGCCACCGGAGCUGUCGGAGUCUUCACCUACGAACUCGACGCUGACUGUGCAGACAAAGAUGUGAGGAAGGUAGCUGUCAUGUUCUCUGUUCCCUUCGACUUCAACUUUUACGAAAACUGGUUUGCAGUGGGAGUCUUUGACAAAUUAAGAAACUGUGACCACCAUCUGUAUGAAGAGAUGUAUUACUACACUCAGAGCCGCUUCGUCAGAGGCAGCGCCAACGGUGAACGUCUGACCCACAGUGACGACGAUGUCAACAUCUCAGCCACCAUGACUGACACCUACCAGCCGACACUGGUGGUGGAGCUCAGCUGAAGACUGUCAGCUAGUUGUAGAAGCUGCUGUCUCAGUGUUAAAUAUGUUCCACAGAUGGAGUUGGCAUCACUUUAUCUGCUUUUCGUUCUUAAAGUCAGCUGUUUGUUUUAUCUUUAGUUAAACCCCACUACUGACACUAUCCUUCUUUGAGCUCCACUCCCCUCCUGGCUCUCCAGCUGCUACAUGUUCUUUAACCAGAGUGCUUCAGUAGAAUAUGGGCCUGAUCAACGAUCAAUAAACAUGAUCAUGAUCUGAUUGUCUGCUGGAUAAUAAACACACGUCUGACUGGA